AUGCGAUUCGCCCAAUACCCNGAGGAGGAGGAGGAGGAGGAGGAGGAGGAGGAGGAGGAGGAGGAGGAGGAGGAGGAGGAGGAGGAGGAGGAGGAGGAGGAGGAGGAGGAGGAGGAGGAGGAGGAGGAGGAGGAGGAGGAGGAGGAGGAGGAGGAGGAGGAGGAGGAGGAGGAGGAGGAGGAGGAGGAGGAGGAGGAGGAGGAGGAGGAGGAGGAGGAGGAGGAGGAGGAGAAGGAGGAGAAGGAGGGAGAGCAGGAAGAGGAGGGCGAGAAGGUAACGCGAGGCAAGCGCAAGCUCGGAGACAAUGGAACGGCCUCUCGCCGGCACUGUGUUCCAGCUACCGAUAGCUGGCACCCCAACUACGCCGAAAGACCCACACAAGGAGAGCCGUCCAAGCGCCAACGGACGGCCUCCGAGCCGGGAACACGAGAGCAAAGCACGGGCAGUGGGGCGGCGGCAGCACCGCAAACGUCAUCGCCUAUGAUCGCCAGACGUCAUGGACAGCAGUGGCGACCGUGUUGUAAGGAACACGGCUGCACGAAAUGGCCGUCGUUCGGCAACGCCGGCAGCAAGAAAUCGGAGUUCUGCUCUCUGCACGCGAAGAAAGGGAUGGCUGACUUCCUUCGCAGAAGAUGCCGCCACCCGGGGUGCAUGACGCGUCCGUGCUUCGGCAACAAUGGUAGCAAGAGGGCGGAGUUCUGCUCUCUGCACGCGAAGAAAGGAAUGGUUGACGUUCUUAGCAGAAGAUGCGGCCACCCGGGGUGCAUGACGCGUCCGGCCUUCGGCAACAAUGGCAGCAAGAGGGCGGAGUUCUGCUCUAUGCACGCGAAGAAAGGGAUGGUUGACGUCCGUACCAGGAGAUGCGGCCACCCGGGGUGCAUGACGCGUCCGGGCUUCGGCAACCAUGGCAGCAAGAGGGCGGAGUUCUGCUCUCUGCACGCGAAGAAAGGAAUGGUUGACGUUCUUAGCAGAAGAUGCGGCCACCCGAGGUGCAUGACGCGUCCGGCCUUCGGCAACAAUGGCAGCAAAAGGGCGGAGUUCUGCUCCCUGCACGCGAAGAAAGGAAUGGUUAACGUCCUUACCAGGAGAUGCGGCCACCCGGGGUGCAUGACGCGUCCGGGCUUCGGCAACAAUGGCAGCAAGAGGGCGGAGUUCUGCUCUCUGCACGCGAAGAAAGGAAUGGUUGACGUCCUUAGCAGAAGAUGCGGCCACCCGGGGUGCAUGACGCGUCCGGCCUUCGGCAACAAUGGCAGCAAGAGGGCGGAGUUCUGCUCUAUGCACGCGAAGAAAGGGAUGGUUGACGUCCGUACCAGGAGAUGCGGCCACCCGGGGUGCAUGACGCGUCCGGGCUUCGGCAACCAUGGCAGCAAGAGGGCGGAGUUCUGCUCUCUGCACGCGAAGAAAGGAAUGGUUGACGUCCUUAGCAGAAGAUGCGGCCACCCGGGGUGCAUGACGCGUCCGGCCUUCGGCAACAAUGGCAGCAAGAGGGCGGAGUUCUGCUCUAUGCACGCGAAGAAAGGGAUGGUUGACGUCCGUACCAGGAGAUGCGGCCACCCGGGGUGCAUGACGCGUCCGGGCUUCGGCAACCAUGGCAGCAAGAGGGCGGAGUUCUGCUCUCUGCACGCGAAGAAAGGGAUGGUUGACGUCCUUAGCAGAAGAUGCGGCCACCCGGGGUGCAUGACGCGUCCGGGCUUCGGUAACAGUGGCAGCAAGAAGUCGGAAUUCUGCUCUCAGCACGCGAAGAAAGGGAUCGUCCAUUUUCGAUACUACACGCGCCUAGAACAGUAGUGAUAGCUUGAGGCAGAGCCACGUGCUGCUUUCCCAUUUUUGGUUUCCGUUGAAUGAUGUGGGUCUACUGGCAACCGGUACAAGUUUACGUGCUGGUCUUGGUUUUUUGGCACCUAGCGUAAUAUCGAGAACACUAGCGUUGGUCAGUCUGCACGUGGGUGUAAGGGGCCGCCCACGGCAAGACCGGACGGCCACCAAUUGCGUAGAAUCGUGGAACAACAUUCCAAGGGUGCGUUCGGUAAGGUACGACCGAGGCAUUCCGACGGUUAAUACAAGGGCAGGUUUUCUGUUCAAGCCUUGUGUCCACAGAGCCUUCGCGUGCCAGAGAGAGAGCACCGCAGAGACAACUAGCGAGGUGGUCACAUAGAAGGCUUCUAGUGGUGUGCCAGCCUCUGGAGCUGACAGGAAGUGGAGUCUUUUCUUCCCUCCUCUCCCGGUUGAGGAAUCGGGCUUCCCGAGCUACAGCAGUCGUAACUGAGCACCCGGGGUCCCGAGAUGA